AUGUAUGUGUGCGCUCGAAAUCACACUAUUUAUUUACUUUUUUUUAUUAUUUUCUUCCGCCUCUCUAUUUUCUUAAUCUCUCAUCCAUGUCUGUUUCCCUUACUCUCACAUCCUCUAUCCAUCACUCUUUUGCUUAGUCACAUAUUCCCCAAUCUCCCACCCCCAUCUUUCUUUGUUUUUCUUACUCUCCCCCCCAUUGACCAGGCUCUCUUUUUUUCUAAACCAUUCCUCAUCUCUCGCUUGUUCUUAUUCAACUAUUCCUCAUUGUCUCUAUUUCUAACGCCCCCCUCUUACAUCUCUCUCUCUCUCUCUCUCUUACUUACUGACUCAUUACUCAUUCUCUCUCUCGCUCUUUCUUACUUUUCGAUUAUCCUUUCUCUCUGUAUUUCUUACUCUCCCAUCCCCUUUCUCGCCUUUUUCUUACUCUCCCAACCCUAUCAUUUUUCUUUUUCUUACUCUCCCAUUCCAUCUCUCUCGUUCUUUUCACCCAUUCCCUACACUCUUCCUCUUUUUCUUACUCUCUCAUCCCCUAGAUCUCACUUUUUCUUACUCUCCCAACCCCUAUCAUUUUUCUUUUUCUUACUCUCCCAUCCCAUCUCUCUCUUUCUUAUUCACCCAUACUCAUUUUCGAUCCCUCUUUUUCUUACUCAUCCAUUCCUCACCAUCUUUCUUUUUAUUCUUCUCUCAUCUCCUGGCUCUCCAUCUUUAUCUUCCCCAUUUCCCACUCUCUAUUUGUCUGAAUUCAUUUAA